AAGCCCCAAGUUUUUCAGCUUUAUCUACACAUCCCUUCUAAUAUCUCUCUAACACGUCAUGGUCUAUCCCAACCAUUUUCAAUUCUUACUACGAGUACUUUGGCGCUUCGAACUCGUCACUAUAUGGCUUUUAAUCUUUGGAGUUGCACUUCUCUUAGCUGCUGUUUGUUGUAAAAAGAAGAAGAAAAAGGCAAAAAGGGUUCGAAGAACACACCCAUCACUUCAUGCAAAGCAACCAUCAUAUUCUGGGCAUCAUGGUGCUACACUCCGCGAUAGCAAAGGCUAUGAACGUGUUGAUGCACCCCAAGGAGUUAGUAAAGAAUGGACAUUCCCUUCAAAAGAAGGAAGUAAAACUACCACAAAACAGUCGUUAGCUGCAAUAAGUACUCAAAAAACAUCAUCAGGCUUUCUUAUGCGCACUGGGAGGCCUCUCUUCUCUGCAAUUACAACAUUAACGGCGUUGAGCGCUUCUCGAGAUCCAGAUAAAGAAUUUCUUGGCGAUUCUACACUUAGUGAAGUGAUUGGAUAUAAAAUGCCUGAUGUGGAUUUAAUCAAACAAUAUUAUGAAUAUAUGAAGAAAAGUGAACUUAAAGAUGAACAAAUGGAAGAAGAAGAAGAAGUAUUAGUAGUAGAAGAUUGA